GGGCUAUAACUCCGCUAAAGGAAGCUAAGGGAAAUAUUUUCAAUGCAGAAUUGCGUGAGUUGGUAUUGAUCGUUAUCUCGCAACACCAUCAAAGUUUGAGUCCUUCGAUCUGAAAUCUGGAAUCCUGACAUUCCACAGGCCAGGUCAAACUCCAAUUUCACUGUGUAUUAUUUUCUAUCCGAUUUAUUCCAUUGUGUUUUGAUGGGUCUUCCUGGAUUUCGGGUUUUUCAUCUUCGAACCCCAGUCUUAAAAUUCCGCCACUGAAAUUGCAGCGAUAACCAUCGCAAGCAGAGAACAAGAAAGGAGCCGAGAGACAUUCAAAAUGGAUGACGUGAAAGACAAGUUCAAGGGGUUCAUGAAGAAAGUGAAUACCCAGUUGUCAUCCUCCUCGUCGCCCGGCAAAUUCAAAGGCCAAGGUCAAGUUCUUGGCGGUAGUUCGUCAUCGGCUUCGCCUAACUCCGUUUAUGCUCGUUAUUCUCAACCACCUGUCAAUCGGAAACCCAGUACAAAUCCAUCUUCCAUCAGUUCUUCUCCCUCUUUGAACUCCAAACCCUCGACUCAGAAGAGCCAUGUUCCCGAUCAUAGCUGCAAACCCACUUCCGUCGCUAGCUCUUCCUUUACGCCAAAUCCAAAUCCCGCUGAUGGGUUUGACCCUUUUGGUUCUUUGAUCACGAGUAGUGAAAGAUCCAAAAACGGGUAUUCGCUUAAUGUCUUUGAGUGUCCCAUUUGUGGGCAAGGCUUCAGGUCCGAAGAAGAGGUCUCUGCCCACGUAGAGAGCUGCGUGUCUCUAAGUGUUAAAGCUGUCCCUGUUACUUCAGGUGAUGGUAAUGCUGUUUCUGAUGGAAAAACUGAUGAAAUUGAACAAGAUUCUGCCGGAGGUUUUUCGGAUGAGGCCUGUGUUGCUACCUAUCUUUCAGGUAAGCCGGCAGAGGGUUCCAAGGAGGUUGUAAGGAAACUUCUUGGAAAUAUUGUUAAGGAACCUAAGAAUGUUAAGUUUAGGAGAGUCAGAAUGGGGAACCCUAAGAUUAGGGAGGCAGUGACUGAAGUUGCUGGAGGACUUGAGCUGUUGGAGUUUGUUGGGUUUGAGCUUAAGGAAGAGAGUGGAGAGAUGUGGGCUGUAAUGGCUGAUGCGCCUGGCGAAGAACAAAUUGGGCUGAUAAAUCAGGUGAUAAGCUUCCUGGAACCUAGGAAGGAAGAGACUGUGCAAUUGAUAAAGGAAGAUGGGGAUACUAAACCGUCUGUUGCCACAGUGGAGGAAGAACAACGGAUUGAGCAAACAAAGAUUGAUAGACAGAUCAAGGUAUUCCUUGCAGUUCCCGAAAAUGUGGCUGCAAGAAUUGAGCUCCCGGAAUCAUUCUACAGUCUCUCUGCCAGUGAGCUUAAAAGAGAAGCAGAUAUGAGAAAGAAAAAGCUUGCCGAAUCUCAGCUUUUGAUUCCAAAGUCUUACAGGGAGAAGCAGGCUAAAACUGCUCGGACAAAAUACAGACGAACCAUAAUACGCAUUCAAUUUCCUGAUGCAGUGGUUCUUCAGGGUGUCUUUGCUCCUUGGGAACCGACCACUGCCCUUUAUGCGUUCGUUAGCUCGGCACUUAAAGAUAGCAGCUUGGAAUUUGAGCUUUUACAUCCUGUACUGGUGAAACGUCGAGUGAUCCCACAUUCUGCAGAGACAGGGGAGAGAAGCAUUACCCUGGCAGACGAGGACUUGGUCCCUUCAGCUCUCAUCAAGUUCAGACCCGUUGAAACUGAUUCAUCUGUUUUUACCGGGUUAAGCAACGAUCUCCUAGAGAUUAGCAAACCGAUGACAUGAUUGUUCCCAUGAAAGCAGUGGAAGAUGAUGAAUUAUUGUUUCCAAGAGAUCGUGAUGUCAUGUUAUAUGUCAGGGUUGUCAAAUUGUUAGCCUAUCAACUGCAUUAGCCAACUCUAUAUGGGGGGGAGUCUGUAAUGGGUGGAAUUCUCAGGUGUUAUCCAGUUCGAAUGUAUUGCAUCAGUGGUCUCUCGUGAACUUGUUUGAAUAGUUUUUCUGGAAAACUGGAAAGCUGUUUUAGCUUUUUUCUGGGUCCGCAUUUUAUGAUAAAAGGCUGACAUUGGCAUUAAAAUCAUGAUUUGGUAUUAGGAGUUCAUGAAGACUCCAUUUAUUUAGGCCAAACAAAGAACGGCAAUGCAGCAUGGGGAGAGAGGAUGAUAUAUGACUGCUAUUACUCCAUGAUGUCAGCCAAUGGUUAGAUCGGGUAUAUAGUGGGGCAGGAAUUUCGUGUGUCUCUAGAUAUCUGUAACUCUGGUUUCAUCGUCUCUACUCUGGAGGUCCCGAAAACUUAGGAUUAGGUGAACUUGCAAUAUAUGAUUUUCAAAUGUUCUAUUGCUGUUGCAGAAAGUGGAAACAGGAUUUUCAAUAUGUG